UGACGAGAAAAGGGGAAAUCGAAACUGAUAUGGGUUUCCCGAGUAAUGUUUAACACCUGAUCGUAAAGCACAAUCUGUUGAAUAAAGUACGGUAUUAAAACAACACAGACAAGCAGUUCUGUCUACUUACAUCUCUGAGGAAGAGUUCGCUGAAAACACACGAGGCCACAAACAACUGUCGCUUCUGUUUGUAAGGUCCAGUAUAUUGAUCAAUGUUGUGCUGUGUAGUCUGACUGCAUCAUGGCUCAAGCAAAACCGCUUUUCAUGCCCUGGUUGUAUGAACAAAUCCAGAGUGGACAUUAUCCUGGAGUAUGCUGGACAAAUGAUGACCGUACCCAGUUCAGCAUUCCCUGGAAACAUGCUUUGAGACAGGACUCCAACAGCGAUGAUGUGCUCAUAUUCAGGGCGUGGGCUCAGACUAGCGCUGCUGGUGAUGGCAGGAUAAAUGGAGAUCCCUCUGUGUGGAAGAGAAACUUUCGCAGUGCUCUUCGCGCUAAAGGCUUCAAAAUGAUAUCUGACAACAAGAAUGAUGGCGCCAAUCCACAUAAAGUCUAUCAGUUUCCCUCCGAUCCUCAUUCUGCAGCUUCAGGAUCUGAGGGCUCUCAAGAAACUGAAAUUUCACCGCAUCUGUAUGUGGAUGAUGUGUUCACAGCACCCAUUGAUUUGGACCAACAUUUAUUUGGGCUAAACCUCCAGGACACAUCAGCACAAGUCCAUAUCAUUGUGAAUCCAGAUGAGUUAUAUGUGGAUCCAGGAACCCAGAUACACACUUUUCAAGCAGUGGUUCCUAUUGAACCCAUAUCCUUUUCAGAUGGAGGUGCUGUCGGUGGUUUGGGACAGAUUUCACCGACUGAGGGAGCGACGGCUGUCAAUCAUAGCUCUCCAGAAUAUCAGCAGACUGCAACUCAACCACAUUUAGGAGCUGUAACUGAUCACACUGCCAUUCCUGAACCAAAUCUGGCGACAUAUUUUCAGAUCAAGGUUUAUUACAGAGGGAAUAUGGUGAUGGAGCAGUUGGUGGAGAAUGACUCUGGUUUCAGACUGAUGUACCACAGAAACAUGGAUGAGUCAGGCCUGCAGGACGGUGCGGGUCUCCCUGUGGUCACUCUUCCUCCAGCUGAAGGAAUCCCGGAUCAAGUGCAGACCAGGCAUACUAAUGAUAUUCUGGAUAACCUGGGUGGUCUGGAGAUUCGGAGAUCAGACGGAGUGAUUCAAGGUCACCGUUGGGGGUCCAGCAGGAUCUAUUGGGGUCUGUGCAAGCAUGAAAGAAGCCAAGCACCCAGAGAACUGUCCAAAAACACUCCUCAACCCAUCUACCUCAUGAAAGAUUACAUUUCAGGUUUGAUGCAGUUUAUUCAGACCGGCGGUGAAUCUCCUUCUUGCACUCUUUACUUCUUCCUGGGGGAGAAGUGGCCAGACCCUAAAAUGAAGCCUUGGGAGAAGAAACUCAUCAUGAUUGAGGUUAAUCUCACAGCACUGGAGUUUUUGAAGUCUAUGGCUGUUGAACAAGGAGCGUCUUCACUGCAGUCAGACGAGCUGCAGCUUUCUCUGGAGCAAAUGAUGGAGCUCUGCUAAAAACAACCUCCUGGGUUAAACUGUUUACUCUGUGGUGAGCGAAUCUGUGGUGAACUGUAUUUAUUCAAGGUGUGAGAAGUAAACUUUCGGUACAAGAGAUUAAUCCGUGGUUCAGUAGUUGAGUUUAGGAGAUGAGUCAUUUUAAAUGGAGCUCAUAUACAGUUGAGGGCUAAAGUAUUCACCCUCCUGUCAAAUAUUGUUUUUCAAAGUGAUAUUUAAUGGAGAAAGACAUUUUUACACAGUAUUUACUAUAAUAUUUCUUUCUUCUGGAAAAAAAAAGUCUUAAUUGUUUUAUUUUGGGUGGAAUAAAAUGUUUUUAAUUUUUAAAAGCCAUUAUUAUUGGCCCCCAUAACCAAUAUUUUAGCCAUUGUUAUUUAUAUAACCUCAUUAAGCCUUUAUCAUAAUAUCUAUUGGAGACCCAGAAGGGACGUGAUACUGAAAAAAAAAUGGGUGGGAGAAAAAAACCUUGCAAAACAGUUUUUCCACAAGCACUUCCUGUUCACUUCAUACAUGUCAACCGACCCUUUUUUGCAGGGAUUUUCCUGUAUUUUACCAUUUAACCCGCUAUCAUUUAGUAUUUUCUCAUAUUUCUGAUAUAUUUUUAUUCUUGAAAGCACAUUAAAAUUAAUAUAAAAAUGUCUGCAUUCACUUUCUAUUCAUCAAAGCUGUGCGUCGAUCAUCGGCCUUCAUAUGCAACCUCUGAAUCAGUCAAUGCAUGUACACGGACGCGCUCCAUAUGAUAAACUGAUCCCAGAUCAGCUUCUUUACCCGCCAUUUAAAGUGACACCUCUGUUAUCAAACAAGUGAAGAGCAGCAAAUGAAUCUCUCGUUUUGUGUCGCUUUACGAUUGCACAGGUCUAUAAUGAAAGCAUUCCAUUACUUUAGUAAUAGUUUACGAGAAAAUGAGUUGUUUGAAAUCAAACAUGCAGGACGGACAUGUUUACAUAUUAUUAAGAGUAUUUGUCUGUUUAAACCCACACCCAAAGUGUCCUGCACUUUCGCUCCUCUUUAAAUGGCGUGUACAGAAGCUGAUCUGAUCUGGGAUCAGUUUAUCAUACGGAGCACGUCUGUCAGACAUGCAUUUGCAUAUGAAGGGCGAUGAUCGACGCACAGCUUAAAUGGAAAGAAAGUGAAUGCAGACAUUCAUUCAUUCAUUAUCUUUUUUUGGGGUUAGUCCCUUUAUUAAUCCAGGGUCACCACAGCGGAAUGAACCGCCAACUUAUCCAGUUGCAUGCCCUUCCAGCUGCAACCCAUCACUUGGAAACACCCAUACACUCUCAUUCACACUCAUACACUACAGACAAUUUUAGCCUACCCAAUUCACCUGUACCACAUGUCUUUGGACUUGUGGGGGAAACCGGAGCACCCGGAGGAAACCCACGGGAACGCGGGGAGAACAUGCAAAUUCCACACAGAAACACCAACUGACCCAGCUGGGGCUCGAACCAGCGACCUUCUUGUUGUGAGGCAACAGCACUACCUACUGCGCCACCGCAGACAUUUUUAUAUUAAUUUCAAUGUGCUUUCAAGAUUAAAAAUAUAUCAGAAAUAUGAGAAAAUACUAAAUGAUAGGGUGAUAGCGGGAUAGAAUGGUAAAAUACGGGAGAAUCCCAGCAAAAACGGGAGGGUUGACAUGUAUGAAGUGAACAAGAAGUGCUUGUGGAAAAACACAAAAAAGGAUUUUGCGAGGGAUUUUCCUAUCAGUUUUUUUUUCUCCCACCCAUUUCUUUUUCCCACCAUUACGUCCCUUUCGGGUCUCCAUAGAAAUCAGUUAUUACAAAUUAGUUAAGUAAAGUUUCAUAAACUAAUUUCGAGAGGAGCACGUGAUAUGAUUGAGCACGAUUGGCUGCUCAUCUGUAAUCAGUGAUAAUCCAAUCAGAGUGAUCCUAGUUUACUAUAAAUGGAUCAUUUUCUCCCUACUGCUCUAUCUUCGUUCGGAAGAAUCCCCCCUUCCACCCCAUCUCCUCCUUUUCCACCCUUUUCUAAAGGGGGAGCUCUCGAGACCUACCUGAUCUCGGAUCUCCUGAUAUGCUCAUUGACCGGGCGGGAGCCCUGGGCUCAAAUAUCUCCGAGCUCAGGGUUCUCUCCCGGGACAGCAUGCCAAACCUGCUUUAAAAGCCAAGCAUAUCUAAGUGGGAACUCUUGAAAACUAUUAUGUUUAUAAAUGUAUUGAAAAAAUCUCUCCGUUAAACAGAAAUUGAGGAUAAUAUAAAAGAAAUCUAAUCUAACAGGAGGGUUAAUUAUUCAGACCUGAACUGUAAAUGCCGUAAGUCUUUUGUGCUGUUUUUACACUACUACGCUUCUCUGAUCUAUUGAUUUUUUUUUAUAUAUAUAUAUUUCUUAUAAAUGUGAAUUGUGUUUAUUUGGUGUGUGGACCUAUUUUCUUGUUUACUUUUUCUUUUUUUCAACUUAUACUGCACAAUAUCAGCAUGAUGAUUUCCAGUCAUGUAAAACCUGGACAAGUCAGGGAAUUUGAGGGGUUUUCCAGGCAUGGGAGAACAUUUCUGUAAUCAACAUGUACUUGUUAUGCUUUGUUCUAAACAAUACUUUUAUUGAUAA